UCCCCGUGGGCGACGUUAAAUUGGCGCCAUCGCGCGCGUUGCGUGCAUCUCCACCAUUACUACUGCCUCCUCCUUCCUCACCGCUCCCAAGUUCUACCAGCUUAUCGCCAGCGGGGUAAUCGCGCAGGCAGCCAUGGGCAAGAAGCACGCCGGCGGUGGCGGCGGCGGCUGGUUCGCCGCCGUUAGGAAGGUGUUCCGGCCGUCCUCGUCGUCAUCCGCCACCUCCUCCAAGAACAAGGACACCGUGCAAAACGGGAAAAAGAACGGGGCCAGCGAGGAGGAGACUACCAGUGGAACCGAGGAGCCGGAGGUGCUGCUGCUGGAGCACUUCCCGGCGUCCGAGACGUCGCUGGAGGUGAGCAACGAGGGCGGAGCAGUGGCGAUGAUGGAGGAGGAGGAGGAGGACGUCGACGAGGAGGUGGCCGGCGACAUGGAGCGCGCGAGAGCGCUGGCGGCCGCGGCCGAGGCAGCGGUGGCUGCGGCUGAGGCAGCGGCGAGGGUGGUGAGGAUGGCGGUGCACCGGCGCGCGUCGCGGGAGGAGCGCGCCGCCGUGCGCAUCCAGGCCUACUACCGCGGAUACCUGGCCCGGCGGGCCCUUCGUGCGCUGCGCGGCCUGGUGCGUCUGCAAGCGCUGGUGCGCGGUCACCAGGUGCGGCGGCAGGUGCACCUCACCAUGCGCUGCAUGCAGGCCCUCGUCCGAGCCCAGGCCCGCGUCCGCGCGCGCCGCAUCACCCAACUCCCGCUUCUCCUCCUCCCGCCGUCGACCCCUGCAGCCAAUGGCUCCUCCCCACUAGGAGCCGGACGAGGAGGACACUACCCUUUCCUCGAGUUGGCAUUGGCAGGCGACCAAGAUGUCAGUGACGACGGCGUGGUGGCGGACGUGCUGCAGCAGCAGCGAAGCGGGAGCAGGGGCAGGCUUGGUUUUGGCAGCGGCUACGACAACGGCGGCGGAAGGAGCCCUUCAGCGGGCUGGGACGGGAGCAGCCGCACCCUGGAGGACGCCAGGGCCGAAGGCGCGCGCCGGCACGACGCCGCCGCACGACGGGAGCGGGCGCUCGCUUACGCCUACGCCUACAAGCAGCGGCAGUGGCUGCGGCAAGAGGACGGAAAGGCCGGCCUCGGUUUCCACUGGCUGGAGCGCUGGAUGGCAGCGACGCAGGCGCAGCAGCAGAACGCGUCGGACCACGCCAAGACGUACAACGGCGCUGCCACCAGGACGACGUCCGACGUGACGGCAGCUGUUGCUUUGGCCGGCGGUAUGUCCGAGAAGGCUGUGGAGAUGGACACGUCGUUCCGGAGCCCACUGAACCCGGUCGCCACGACGCACGGGCGGCCACCGACGAUCCCAGGCUACAUGGCCGCGACGCGGUCGGCGCGUGCCAAGGCGCGCACGGCGCAGCCGUCGGAUACACCGACGCACGUCAGGACCCAUUCCGGCGGUCUGCUUGCCGGGGACACGUUGAGCUCGGGCCAGAGCGCGAGCCAUAACGGCGGUGCACUCGCCGAGUACAGCCCGGACUCGAGCUGCACAGGGGAGUGGACGCCGCCACGGCUCGGCGUCGGCGUGCGGCCCGGCAGGGUGACCUAUACUUGAGUAUGGCAUCCAAGGCAAUGUCUGGCAUCUCCGUGGAGUGCGCUGUGUAUGUUGUUAAGGUGCUUCUUGACUAAUUUUGCAAUGUUUGUUUUUGAUAUUGUAUAGCUUGCGUGCUUGUGUAUGUGUGUGACCGAUGUCUUCUGUAAAAGUUCUGAAUACUGGUUCAAAACGAUUGAGAAUAAUAAGUUGAGAAUUUCAGCUAUGUUAUGUUAUGGCUGAAAUAAGAUCGAAAGCUUA